AUGGCGCCUAGCGCCGUGUGGAUUUAUUUUAAAAAAGUAAAUAAGAGAUCUCAUGUACAAUGUAACCAAUGUGCGAAACAGCUUAAAUACAAUAACAGUACGACCAGUUUAAUUAAACAUCUCCAAAAAGCACACAACAUUGAAAUAACUGCUGCUAAUCAAAAUCGUCCUAGAACAAUGAGUGAAAAAGACAGUGACGAUGAAAUAACAGUUUCACAACCUAAACAACCUCGCUUAUCGGAAGUUUCGAAUCAACUCGUACCUUUAAGUACUUCAUCAAAUUCAGUUUUAAGUUCUGAGUCUGAGAGACCAAUUUUUCAAGGGCCUAUUGAUCGCUGCAUAAAUAAUACAACUUCAUUUUCAGUGGGUGGUCAUAGUAAUAAUGAUGUAACUACUGCUCUCAUUUAUAUGAUUGCUGUUGAUAACCUUCCUCUAUGCACUCCUGAAAAAAAAGGCUUCAGAAUGUUUGUAAAAAAAUUACAGCCUCUUUACAAGAUUCCAUGUGAGCCAACUAUCACUGGACGAAUGAAAUCUAUGUACGAUGAAUUAAAGAUUAAAGUUACGGGAGAGUUAAAAGAAGCAGAUUCUAUCUGUCUUACCACAGAUAUUUGGACCCAUCAACACACUAUGUGCAGCUACCUUGGUUUAACUGCUCAUUAUUUAAAAGGAUAUGAAAUGACUUCUUACGAAUUAGGUGCAUAUCAUUUAACCGAAAGGAAGACAAUUUCAUAUUUAAUGGAGAGAUUAAGUAAAAUUUGCGAAGAGUGGGGAAUUGAGGAAAGUAAAAUCAGUGCUGUGCUGUCAGACGGAGGCGCUAACAUAAAAGGCGCUAUCAAGCAACUCUUUGGAGAAGCAAAAGACGUAUCAUAUUUUGGUCACACUCUUAAUAAUAUUGGACAAAAUCUGAUAGAAGUGAAUGUUACACGGCCGGCAUCCGAAGCAGAUCAGAGUGAAAUGCUUGAAUCCCUUGAUGAAGAUGAUAGUGACGCGGAAAAUGAUUUAAACAUUAAUGAAAAAUCGCAAUUAAGAAAGUUAAUAAUUAAAAUGUAG